AAAUUUUCCUAUUCGAUUUUUUGUUAUAAACGCCAUCGAUCAAAGAUUCAAUAAAUUGACGCAGAGUGGACAACAUAUUGCAAUUUGUUAUUUACCAACAAUUGCAAUCUCAAUCCGUAAUCAACAAAGGCCAAAGGCGAGAACAACUUAAAAACGACGAGAGUAAUUUUGGUCGUUUUCUUUAGCGCUUUGUUUUAAUAAUCAACGAAGCGGCCCUCACUCAUUCGUCUAUAGAGACUUAUAAUUAUUAUCAACUCAAGUCGUGAAUUAGCAUUACCAUCGAGGUAGAUCAUUCAGUCUUUGUUUGCCAGCGAAAUAUUAUAGUUGAUGUUUCAGUUAAAUUGUGCAUUGUUCAAGAUAUAAAACAAAGUGUUCCGUACGCAAAAGCUGUUCAAAAUCUGAAAACCUUAGUGCCUUAGCAACUGAUACCUGCCGCGUAGAGCAAAAUGAAAUUGUCAUCAAUGGCAAAAACUUUGCUGUCAAUAGCUUUUUUUACAAUCGUUAUUAAUUGUGUUUUGGGUAGCAGCUCUUCGUCUGGCGACAUAGACUUAAGUCAAAUAAAUGUUAACGACCUGAAGCAAAACUUACCUCCAGAGUUUGCCAAUACAAAUUUGACACUGGACGAUGUUAAGACUCUAGUCCGCAACAAAUGUAUUGAAGUAGCUGGCAAAGAAGAGGGCGAGGCCGCAUAUACUGAGAUUGUAAAUGCUGUACCAACACUUUCCGAAUGUGCUACAAACAUACUUAACUUUACUGCACUGCAAGCGGAAAUUGAAAAAGCAAGCCCGGAUGGUGAAUUGGAUGUUGUUUUUAAUAAAUAUUGCAACAAACAGCCCGAGGCAUUAACUUGCGUUAGUGAUUUCAACAAUAAAUUAGCAGCGUGUCUAGACAAAGAGGAGAAAGAACAUCAAGAUGUCUUCAUGCGCAUCAUUAAAAGUCUGCUCAGCUUCAUAUGCCACAAGGGUGGUGAUCAAAUAGCGCUGUUUAUAGCAGAAAAAGGACCAGAAUGUCUGGAUUCAAAGAAGGAUGAUAUUCAAAAUUGUAUCAAUAGCACAUUAUCAAGUUAUAUCCCGAAAAAUGGAUUCGAUGAUAUCAAAUCUUUGCCAAAAUUCGUAAUGGGAAUGAAACAAUGUAGAGAAAUGGAGGAGCUGGAGAAGUGCAUUGUGCAGAAGUUAGAAACCUGUAAUGAAAUCACACCAGCUAAUAUUAUGGAAUCAAUGUUCCGCUUUAUUAAAAACGAAACUAUCUGUCAAAAUGCACCCCGCGUAGCAAAACAAGCAUCAAUAACAAGUGGUGUGAAUAGUAGUGCAAUAACGGGGGGCGUAAUCUGGCUGAUAGCUGCACAUUUAUUGUACCAAAUUAUAAAAUCUCGUGUGCAGACGUAGGUUGGUUCAUUCACAUAUCGUAAACACUAAUUCAAGCAAAUAGUAAUACGGUGUAUAAAAAUACCCCUAUGAUUCGUGUAUACAUUAUAAGCACACCCCUUUAAGUGAAUCGUUUUCAGAAUUUUAUUUUUUUUUUACACCAAACGAUAUAGUAAUUGCAAUGGUAAUGCGGAUGUAUUUAGUGCACUAGUAAAAUGUUUGUAAAUGGGGUAUUUGAAAAUUUGUGCUACUUGAUGCAAGAAUUAAAUGUGCCGAAUGCUUAUAAAUAUAACUUCGUGUAAUAUUAAAAAUUGGAAUCUCAUGAAGCACAAACACCCCCAUUCCACUUUAAACAUAUUUAUUUAGGUUCUUAAUUGUUUAAGACUUAAAGUUUUUAUUUACGCUACAACUUAUAAAAUUAAGCCUUAAUAAGGGUCUUUGUUCGAAAUUACAUAAAAAUCUCAUUUUAUACAUUUAAAUUGAAAUAUGUUCGAAUUUUUUUUAAAUAUAAUUGAUAAUUACAAGGCAACUAUGUCAUAUAUAACUAUUUAAGGUCAAUCAAAAUAUAUUUUGUAUUGAACCGGAUAGCUGCGAUAACACACUAAAUGUCGUGAAACAAAUUUAAUCGAAAUACAUGCAAAAUACAAAUCAUGUUUCUAAUGCUUAUAGUAUAUGUUUGUACAUACAUAGGUAUAUUGUGCGAAAAAUAUUAAGUGUGUAUUAUAGUUAAGUAGAUGGUUUGUACUUUUGUUAGCAACUACAUAUGUAUGUAAGAAUAAUAUAAAACGAAGUGUUUACUACCUGUAAUUGAAAUUGAUUUAUUUCAAUAAAGCGAAAUACAAAAUGUAAA